AGGGUUUUCUCCUAAACCCUAGUGGCGCCUGGCGAGUACAGCGCGACGGGAUUUGUAUACGCCUGCCCUUCUGCACGAGCCCAUCCGGCUAAUUUGGCAAACCUACAAACGAAUAGAUUCCCUUCUUGAAUUCGCAUUCCUACGCUUUUUUUUCGCAAUUUGAGCGCGUGUUUCUCUUGGUGUAAAUUUUUUUGAUUUCCAUGGCCGCCAGUAACAAUGCGCCCUCGGGUUUGGAUAAAGAACAGGCAGAUAUUUGGAAUGGCUGAAAAGGAGAUGGAAUAUAGGGUUGAGUUAUUCAAUAAGCUGACUCACACCUGUUUCAAUAAAUGUGUUGACAAAAGGUACAAGGAGUCUGAGCUAAAUAUGGGUGAAAAUAGUUGCAUUGAUCGCUGUGUUUCAAAAUACUGGCAUGUGACUAACCUAAUUGGCCAGCUGCUUGGUUCCGGUAGACCUCCAAUGUAAUUCAAGUGUAUUGUUUUCUGCUGCAAUUUGCUCCACCAGAGCUAGUCUUAGUUGGCUACCUAAAGGGAACAGGAAGUUGAAUACUAUGCAAGAUCUUUAUUUGGCAUAUGAUUAUGCUAAGGUCAAUGUUUCGUUUAAAAAGAUUAAUGUCUUUGAAUUUGAGUUGGCCCAUGGUUAGCUGUAGAAAUAAUUUUUUUGCCUCAUCCAUUCUUCAGUUUCUUCUUGACUUUCUGGCUUGACAGCAAAUUAUCGAUAUUAUUGAUCUUCCAAAUUAAGCAUAUGUUAUUACCUUGAUUUACGAAC